GAGCGUUGGCAGCGGUGACACUAGGGGGUGUGAUGUCAGCCGUUCACAGCGACUCCUUCCUCGCGCCAGACAAUGACUUCCUGUCAGCGCUUUACCUGUCGUCGCUGGACUUCAGUGAUGUCUCUCAUCUCCAGCGCCGAAGUGUGCUGAUGUCAGAGCACUACGAGCACAUUAACAGCACCGCCCUCAUCUCAAGGCCUAGGAAGAAAAGGACGAUAACGCUGCACCCUCUAGGAUUAACUGGAGAUGUGGAAUAUCGAUUCAACAUCCCGCUCAUGUCCGUCUACAACUCAACCGUGUUACUCCUGCAGAUACAGUCAGGUUACUCCGGCAAAGCAAGCGGAAUUGUCAAGACCGGGAGGUCAUGGGAUAUUCUGAAGCCACUGCUCGAAAACGCCGAGGCUGUUGUGUCUCUGCUGGGCGUGGACGGGGGCGCUUGUCUCCGGCGGGCGGUGUGCGAAGUGGCCUCGGCGCCCUCGAUCCGCCCACACGGCUUCAUCGGCGAGGUUCUCCAGAUCUUCGUCAGAGACUUGUUAAAGGCUGAAUACCGGAUUAAGAACCCGGACAAUCUCGACUUGGAAGCGGACAGCUCUCUACACGGAAGAUACAUGGAAGCUGGGAGAUUCGGCAGACAGAAGGGCGACUGCAAGAGAGCCUUCCCCGAAUGCAGUAUAUCGUUUGUCGAAGGUUUUAUGGACAUUUGAAGGUCGUGGAAAUAUUUGGUAGAGAAAAAAAACAGACACUAAGGCAGACACAAGAGAU